AAGGGCACAGAGAGGACAGCAUAGGGCAGGGGCUCUGCAGGACCCUUGUCCCUGGCCACCUAGGCUCAAAUCUUCUGAUGGCAAUUGAAACCAACCUCCCAGCGAGGGAGGAUUAGGAUUCCCUGGGAUUGUUCACUGUUCUUUUGUGUCUGACUGGAAGCUGCCCAAGGGUGGGGCUGUGACGCCUGUGUCAGACAGAGGAGGCCUAGAAUUGGGGGCGAGGGGGGACAGAGGGCUGCUAAGCAGAAGGGUGCCGGGGCUGGGGACCCCCCCCCACCCUCGAGUCUUCAUUCCUGCUCAAGCCUGCUGCCUGGAGGCCUCAGAGCCACAGGGCCUGCAAAAUGUUGGCUGUCCCGGAGCUGGGCCUGCAGGAGCUGUACAUCGGUUCCAGCCCAGGGCGGUCCCCAGUGCCCAGCCCACCCGGCUCCCCAAGGACCCAGGAAAGCUGUGCCAUUGCCCCCCUCACACCCUCACAGUCUCCAAAGCCCGAGGCCCGGGCCCCGCAGCAGGCCUCCUUCUCCGUGGUGGUGGCCAUUGACUUUGGCACCACAUCCAGCGGCUAUGCCUUCAGCUUUGCCAGUGACCCUGAGGCCAUCCACAUGAUGAGGAAAUGGGAAGGUGGGGACCCAGGCGUGGCCCACCAGAAGACCCCCACCUGCCUGCUGCUGACCCCAGAGGGUGCCUUUCACAGCUUUGGCUAUACAGCCCGAGAUUACUACCAUGAUCUGGACCCUGAGGAGGCUCGUGACUGGCUCUACUUUGAGAAGUUCAAGAUGAAGAUCCACAGCACCACCGAUCUCACCUUGAAGACCCAGCUAGAAGCCGUAAAUGGAAAGAAAAUGCCAGCCCUGGAAGUAUUCUCCCAUGCCCUGCGCUUCUUCAAGGAGCAAGCCCUUCAGGAGCUGAGGGAGCAAUGCCCGUCGCUACCGGAAAAGGACACUGUGCGCUGGGUGUUGACGGUGCCCGCCAUCUGGAAACAGCCAGCCAAGCAGUUCAUGCGGGAGGCUGCCUACCUGGCAGGACUGGUAUCAAGAGAGGAUGCAGAGCAAUUACUCAUCGCCCUGGAGCCAGAGGCUGCCUCUGUCUACUGUCGCAAGCUGCGUCUGCACCAGCUCCUGGACCUGAGCAGCCGGGCUCCUGGCAGCGGGCGCCUGGGGGAGCGCUGCUCCAUUGAUUCGAGCUUCCGGCAGGCCCGAGAGCAGCUUCGAAAGUCGCGCCAUAGCCGCACGUUCCUGGUGGAGUCAGGCGUCGGAGAGCUGUGGGCCGAGAUGCAAGCAGGAGACCGCUACAUGGUGGCAGAUUGCGGGGGAGGCACCGUGGACCUGACCGUGCACCAACUGGAGCAGCCCCAUGGCACCCUCAAGGAACUCUACAAGGCCUCUGGCGGCCCCUGUGGCGCGGUGGGAGUGGACCUGGCCUUUGAGCAGCUGCUGGGCCGCAUCUUCGGUGAGGACUUCAUCGCCACCUUCAAAAGGCAACGCCCAGCAGCCUGGGUGGAUCUGACUAUAGCCUUUGAGGCCCGCAAACGCACCGCAGGCCCGCACCGUGCGGGGGCACUCAACAUCUCGCUGCCCUUCUCCUUCAUUGACUUCUACCGGAAGCAGCGAGGCCACAAUGUGGAGACCGCCCUGCGCAGGAGCAGUGUGAACUCCGUAAAGUGGUCCUCCCAGGGGAUGCUCAGGAUGUCUUGUGAGGCCAUGAACGAGCUCUUUCAGCCCACAGUCAGCGGGAUCAUCCAGCACAUAGAGGCGCUGCUGGCGCGCCCCGAAGUGCAGGGCGUGAAGCUGCUGUUCCUGGUGGGCGGCUUCGCGGAGUCAGCCGUGCUGCAGCACGCGGUGCAGGCGGCGUUGGGCCCCCGCGGCUUGCGCGUGGUGGUCCCACACGACGUGGGCCUCACCAUCCUUAAGGGCGCCGUGCUCUUCGGACAGGCACCCGGUGUGGUGCGAGUGCGCCGCUCGCCGCUCACUUACGGCGUGGGAGUGCUCAAUCGCUUCGUGGCUGGGCGCCACCCACCUGAAAAGCUGCUGGUUCGAGACGGCCGCCGCUGGUGCACCGACGUAUUUGAGCGCUUCGUGGCCGCCGAGCAGUCGGUGGCCCUGGGUGAGGAGGUGCGGCGCAGCUACUGCCCGGCGCGCCCGGGCCAGCGGCGCGUCCUUAUCAACCUGUACUGCUGCGCCGCCGAGGACGCGCGCUUCAUCACCGACCCAGGCGUGCGCAAGUGCGGCGCGCUCAGCCUAGAGCUCGAGCCGGAGCCCGCGGAGGGCGGCCCCCACGCUGCCGGAGCGCCCCCUGGCCGCCGCGAGAUCCGCGCCGCCAUGCAGUUUGGCGACACAGAGAUUAAGGUUACUGCCGUCGAUGUCAGUACCAAUUGUUCCGUGCGCGCCACCAUCGACUUUCUUUCCAAUUGAGGGCACGAGCACGAUGCCAGCCCCACCUUGGCCCAGCCGCGCCCUUUUGGCUCCAGGGCCUGGGGAGCCGGCUGGGGCCAUGCUGCCCCGGGAGAUGAGGUCGCAGGAGGGAUGGGUAGGGACACAUCCAGAAACUCUGGCUUUGGGAUUGGGGCCUGGUCCCAUGACUGGAAGGUCGAAGGGCCCUGUCAAGGACUGAGAUCAAGACGACUUAGGUUUCUAAGACGGUGUGCCCGCAGGGAGCUCUUGAUCUGGAAAGCAGAGAAUGCCCCAGAAGAGUAGAGUCCUGGUCUGAACUGGGGGCCAGGGGGGGGAGUGGGGAGGGGGGUUGGGGUGGAGGCAGCUGGGAGAAGCUAAGCAACGCUACUGCAGGUGAGGCCGCAGGAGAAAGGAGGCUGUGCAGGGCCUGGGCCUGGGGGCAGAGUGCAGGGAUUGGCUCAGCCUGUGUAAGGGAGCUGGGCAGCACAAAAACAGGAAGGCGGACCUGAGAGGGCUAGAGGUAAAAGGACCUUCCUUCCUGGGUGCGGUACUGACCACCCAAGUAUGAACGCUGAGGAAGGGUAGUGGUAGGUUCUGAGAAGGGUGCAGGGUGAAGGCACUUAUAAGAGGAUGUGGGGGAACAUGUUGGGGUGUUGGGGGAGGCUUUCCUUUCUAUCUGAGAAGGUCCCAAGGCCAGCCUAUAAAUGACCCACUUGAACUCUAUCCAACCACCUAAGUGGGGGAGGGGAGGGAGGGCAGAGGGGGCACUGAGGGCUGGUCCCACCUCUGCCCCCUCAGCUCUGCUGGCAGCUCAGUGUACCUGCCUGAGCCCCCUUGGGUGACAAUAAAGCAUGCUCAAGGUGAA